UCUUCUUGUUAAUUUAUUUUCGAUAGAAAUUAAAAUGAACGUGCAAAACAAGUAACGAACAGUAUAUAUAUUUAACAGAAUACAUGGAGACUAAUGGAGAUUUAUCCAGGCCCGUUGGUGGUGCCCAAGGGCGCCUUCGAUCUGAAAGGCUAUGGGACACCCUGACCCAUAGCCUUAAUGCCAUAGGCAAUGGCUCAACAAAAACAACCAAAAAGUGGAAAAAAGUUUGGGCGGAUCUAAAGUCAAAAACUAAGAAGAAGGGGCUUAGAAUCCGCCUAGCUGCCAAUGGCACAGGCGGUGGGCCACAUGAUGGUCAGUCGCUGUCGGCACUUGAUCUCAGAGUGCUGGCUAUCAUGGGCCUACUGGGUGUCCAAGGCCAAGAGGCUGUCCAAGAGCUGGGUUUUACCAAUACUCCCACCACCAUCACCACAAUCACCACAAUCACCACAGAUGAUGUCGACGGAAGACAUACAAUAUAA